AUGCGCAAGUCAGAUGGAACUUUACAUUUCUUUAUCAAUGGUAUAAAUGUUGGCAAAAAGAUAAAUAACGUCCCUAUUCUGCUUUAUGGUGUAGUCGAUGUAUUCGGCCGAGCUGGAGGAGUCACUAUAACUGGUAUGUUUGAAUACAAUAUGUUUUCUUAACCGCUGUUGACUCUACUAAUCCAGCUUUAUUUCGCUAACAAGUUUCAUUCAUUUCGCACAACGUUGCAAGCCACCCACAUCCUGUUAUAUAGGGUCAACUGAUAGAACUGUCCAAUCGCUUCAGUUAUAUGUUGAGGUUUGACCUACACCCAAGUCUGCAUCUGGGACCCGUGAAAAGUAGCCGCCACACUAUAUAACUUAGCAUAAAGAUAAGAGAAGAAAAGAUGGAAGGAAAGAUACGGAAGGAGGAAGGGAUGGAGAAUAGAUGGGAAGGGAGGAGGGAGGUAGGUAGGAAGGCGGGGAGAGAGGCAGGGAGGGAUGGGCGAACAACGUAGCAGACAGACCCAAAAAGGAGUACGUUCUUGGCUACCGCAACUGAUCAGUUUAUUUUUGUUUUUGCUGUUACCCUUUCAAGAUUAGGUUAAAUAUGUGAUUUAAAGGCACAUUAUAGCAAGAUUAGACCACUCAAACGGGGCCUCAGUUCCUUGGUCGUCUCUUAGUUCUCUAGUUAUUUGCUAUCCAUCAUAUUAGGUACUGUUUUCUCACCUCAGCUUCUUUUCAUUUUCAGGCGGUGGAGAAAAACAGAAUAACUCUAAAGACCUAACGGAUACCGCUUUUGUCAUCAAUCGCAUGUCCACUGCGGUCAAUUUCCUAAAGGAAAGACGAUACCGUGACAGUUAUUUGUUGGUAGUUGGUGAACUUGCCAAGUAUAUUUUACAACCGUACGAAGAAACACAAAACCAAGAGCUCCGACAAAAGUACGGUGACCACUUGUCCAACGGGAAUGCUCUAUAUUUUCUCGCAACCUUCCUUUCUCGUCUGUUGAGUGAAGACAUUGCGUCUCGGGGCUGCUGGCUUGGGAUCUGCGUUGUUCUCAGUAUAUUUCGGUACUUUUCAGCUGCUACUUCAAAGCAGGCAAGGCGAAGCUUCUUGGAUGUAUUAGGAAAGGGUCUGGACGGAAAUUCCAUUAAGUGUUCCACAAAUCAGGGACGGUAG